UCCCUUUCCCAGGAGGAAGUUGGGGUAGCUAGCAGCUGCGAAGUAUAGAGGUGUAGAUGCCGGGGAUUCGGUGGGAACUGUCGUCCAACUGGCGGCAGCGGGAGUUGCUCCCGCGAGGUGAAGGGGAGGAGCUACGGUCAUGUUUUCUCCGGCGGCCUGAUUAGGGUUUUUCUUGACCGUCCGAUGCGGCUUAUGCGGCCCAGAUCGAAGGACACGGGGAACUGGGGGACGUUUUCGCAGGAGGCCCUCGAACUAUUCUUUCUUUCCGUUUGUGUCCCCAGAAUUUGGAUCGCGAUUAUGUUGACCGCUCGAUCAACUAUAAGCGGCCGCGAUUGAGAAAAAGGUGACGGCAAAGGGAUCUUUUGCGUAAGCACCCUCGAACUGUUGCAUUUUGCUGUUACCUCCACGGCUCACCUCCCCCCACCCCCUUGCUGUCGCUCCCGAGCAGCGAAAGCUCCGGCGAGCGGCGGCGGCGGAGACGGAGGCCAGCCAGCAGCAUAUUGCCGUUGCUACACAUCACGAGUAGAAAGCAACUCCGAGCAGAUAGGAUCCCAACGGAAACCCUAGAAUAACCUCAGAGCUGAUCAACUGAGCGCCCGCAGCAAUGCUCUCUCGCGCCGCCGCCAUCCGCCGCGGCGCUGCUGCUGCGUUCUCCACGGUGUCGGAGAAGCCGGAGACGGGACUGUAUGGGUUCGACGUUCUGCGCACGGCGAAGGGGUUCCGCCGCUUCGUCGACGACGCCAUCGAGCGGUCGGACGAGCUCGUCGCACACGUCGCGCGGUUGCCGUCCGCCCCCGAGAUUGUCCGCGCCAUGGACGAGAUUUCCAAUACCGUUUGCUCGGUCAUUGAUUCGGCGGAGCUGUGCAGGAAUACGCACCCUGAUAGGGAAUUUGUGGAGGAGGCAGAUAAGGCGUCAAUGAGAAUUUAUGAGCAUCUUCAGUACCUGAAUACGAACAUUACUUUGUACAAUGCUAUACUAAAAGCUGAGGGUGAAAGUGUCCUGCUCACAGAGGAAGCUAGAAGAGCAGCAACUACCUUGCGUAUUGACUUUGAAAAGGGAGGGAUUCAUCUUCCUGAAGAUAAACUUGAGCGUGUUAAUCAGCUGAACCUUGAGAUUGCCCAGCUGGGUAGAAAGUUCAGUGAAAAUGUAAUGAACAAACCAGGUUUUGUGGAUGUAUACCCAGCUUCACGGGUCCCAAGAAACCUGCGACAUCAUUUCAAGUCUGUUUACCGGUUUAACUUUGGAAGUUUUGAGAAGCAAAGCAACCAGAUGAGCACUGCAAAGCAAAAGGGUCUAAGGAUUGUAACAGACUCGGAAAAUCUAUCAUCAGCACUAAGAUGGAUUUCUGAUGAGGAAGUGAAUGCGUAUCACCAGUUCAGUGACACUGUCAAUCUAACUAUUUCGAAUUUUCCAAAGGUCAGGAAACAGGUAUACAUUGUUGGGAACUCUGAACCUCGAGAAAAUAUUGGUGUUCUUAAUGAGCUUAUAGAUGCUCGUGAUGAGCUUGCAAAGAUUAUGGGAUGCAAAUCGUAUGCUGACUUUGCUAUUCGUCCUAACAUGGCUGCAUCAGCUGAUGUAGUUAUGUCAUUUCUCGGAUAUUUGAGUAACAUUGUUAGGCAUAAAGCUGAUGAGGAAUUUAAGGCUAUACAGGAUUUCAAGAGAAGAAUAUGUAAUGAAAAGAGUGCUGAUCUUGAACCAUGGGAUGAAGAUUACUUCAUUGGAAUGAUGAAAUCAUCUUUAAACAACCUGGAUGCUUCUGUCAUUGCAAAAUACUUUCCCUUAUCACAAUGCCUAAAAGGUCUGAAUGUGCUGGUUGAAUCAUUAUUUGGUGCCACAUUCCAUCAAAUUCCCAUGAGGGAUGGAGAGUCAUGGCAUCCAGAUGUGAUAAAGCUCUCACUCCGUCAUCCUGAUGAGGGUGAUUUAGGAUUCAUGUAUCUUGAUCUCUACUCCAGGAAGGGCAAAUAUCCAGGAUGUGCUCAUUUUGCUGUCCAAGGGGGGCGGAGAUUAUCGGACUCAAAUUACCAACUUCCGAUCAUUGCCUUAGUUUGCAACUUCUCAAAUUCUAGUGGAAUAACUGCAAGGCUUAACCAUGGGGAUGUUGAAACUCUUUUUCAUGAGUUUGGGCACGCGCUUCAUUCUCUGCUAUCAAGAACGGAAUAUCAGCAUUUCUCUGGUACUAGGGUUGCUCUUGAUGUAGCUGAAACUCCCUCAAACCUCUUUGAAUGUUAUGCGUGGGACUAUCGUGUCCUGAAGACAUUUGCUUUAGAUGAAACAACUGGAGAUGCAAUACCAGAAAAGCUGGUAAAGGCGCUAAAUGCUUCUCGGAAUAUGUUUCCUGCUACUGAACUCCAGCGGCAGAUCUUCUACUCUAUAAUGGACCUAACCUUGUUUGGGGAGCAAGCAUCCAAGCCUAUGGACACAAUUUCCACUGUUGCUGAUUUGAGAAGGAAGCAUACGAGUUGGAAAUGUGCAGAAGGCGCACACUGGCAUACCCGGUUUACCCAUCUCAUAAACUAUGGUGCUGGCUACUAUAGCUACCUCUAUGCUCGGUGUUUUGCCACAACAAUCUGGCAGGAAAUAUGCCAAGAGGAUCCAUUGUCCCGCAGUGCAGGCAGUACCAUUAGGGACAAAUUCUUGCGGCAUGGCGGGUCAAAGGACCCAUCGUCCUUGCUAAAGGAUUUUGCAGGUGAUGCCAUCAUUAGAAACUCCGGUGGCGGAAUAAUCCCUGACAUUAGUUCCUUAUGCAAAGAAAUUGAUUUGUGAAAUGCCAUUGAGGGUGGAGGCUGUCACCGUUCUGUUUGACCCUGAACUGGACUAACAGGCAAAGAACUAAGCCUGAAGCGAUCGAGAUGCUGAAUUCAGGUGCUUGAUCUCUCGACACGGCAGCGGGUGCUAGCUGCAGGUCAAGCUGAUCUACUCAUAUGGGGUUCGUAUCAAGGAAUCCAAUUGGUUACCCCCACAGGACCCUUAUCUGAAGUUGGCUGGGUCUCCUGGGCCUCAGUUAUCUUCAACGUUCACCUAUUUCUGCUGCUGCAUGCUGGGAGGGUGGUUUCGUGAUCUGUCAGGUGUUAUCCUUAUUUGAGAUGUUGUCCUUGUACCCUACUCCCGUUGUAUGGUGAUCAUAGGAGGAACUGAUGCGUUGCUCGUCUUUCGGAAACAAUGAAGCGACUUUAAAAUCGAGCUCAGCUCUGCUUCACCGACCUGGACAAUCUGUCAAAGCAAAGUCGGUGCUUGUUCGUACCCCUGGCUAUUCUAUUUUGUAACUUGUAAGACUUGUCAUUCUUUGACGCAUUCAUGAUACUUCCAAACGCCCUGCGACGCACCUCGCGCUAUGUUGCUCCAUGACAGCGCAGCCACCCACCUGUAGUUUGUCCAGAACUCUACACUCCAACGAAGAUUGCAUACACUAGCACCAGCCAGUUUUCCAUCCCCUCUUUCUUUGGCAGAGAUUACGCAUGUGUGAAUUGGUCAAAAGUAUUCUAUCUAGUCUUGCUCUGCUGCUUAACAUUAAAAAAGAUCUAGCAAAUUUUGUAGAGAUGUCAUUGCACCCUGGUAUCUGCGGCUGAGAACGGUAGCAACUGAACUUGGCGGUUCAUCUCCCUGCUCUUCGUCUGACGGCCAUAGGAGAGGCAAUGGCAAGUUACUGUGGAUCCUGAGAGUGAAGGCAGAGAAUCUGCUCCCUGAUUUCCUGAACAGUGAACAGCCAAAACCUGAAUUCCAAGGAUUGCUGUAGAAUUAGUACAGCUGAUAAUGUGGACAUGAAUCUGAAAUAAUCUAAUCCAAGCUUUUCGAAUGUCUGUCGCUGAAUUCUGUUCUAUUUCUACCCCAUUUGAAAUCUGCUGAUAGCUAUGCACACACCUGUAGAUCAAGAGCUACAUGCAGAUUGCAGCAGCCGCGGCGUCCUGCACCGCUCCAACCUGCUCAUCCACCGCCACGGCGGGCUCAAGAUCGGCGACUCCACCCUCGCCAACGCCUACUACUACGGGCUCGGCUGCUGCCGCCCGCUCACCAGCUGCUGGGGGUCAGCCGACUACGGCUUCGGCAUCGACGUCUGGAGCGCCAGGUGCCUCCUCGCCGAGAUGUUCUUGAGCAAGCCCCUCCCGCGUGCCACGACCGAGAUUUCUUACGAAAUGGCGCAGAUUAUCUGACGGCGACAGAUGAUUCUCAGGUGCUCCUGCAGAGCAGCUUCUUCAGCACCCCGCCGCUGCCGUGCGUCGUGGACGAGGACGAGGAGGUCGCCGACCCUGCUGCGUCCCACGAUGGACGGAAGCCGAAGCAGAGGCAGCGUUCGCAGCGACGGAAGGACAGCAAGAAGAAAGCCGAGGAGCAGCAGUCAGAGAUCAACACCGGAUCUCCACACAAAGAGGAUACGCUAGAUGCUUUGCAGCAACUAUCUAGCAAGAAGUAUGCCAGGAAGAACUAUUGUCCCGCAAUGCAGGUAGUGCCAUACUGCCAUUAGGGUCAAAUUCUUGCGGUAUGGCGGGUGAAAGGACAACCCAUCAUCCUUGAUGAAGGAUUUUGCUGGUGAUGCCAUCAUUAGAAACCCUAGCAGCGGAAUAAUCCCUGACAUUAUUAGUUCCUUAUGCAAAGAAAUUGGUUUGUGAAAUACCAUUGAGGGUGUAGAUGCUGUCAGCGUUCUGUUUGACACUGAACUAGACUAACGGGGCAAGAAGAACUAAGCCUGAAGCCAUGGUGAUGCUGAGUUCAGGAGUUUGAUCUCUCGGCACAACGGCGGGUGCUAGCUCCUGCAGAUGAAGCUGAUUUACUCGUAUGAGAUUCAUGAAAAGGAAUUCAAUUGGUUGUCCCCAUAGGAUCCUAACGCGAAAUUGGAUGGGUCUCCUGGGGCCUCAGCUAUCUUCAUCGUUUCACCUGUUUCUGCUGCUGAAUUCUGUGCGGAUGAUCUUGUGAUCUGUCUGGUGUUAUCCUCGUUUGAGAUGUUGUCAUUCUAUCCUACUCCCAUUAUAUGGU